UUGCUGUGGGUUGGUCGUGAUUUACCAAAUUUUCGUGAUUUGAUUCAAAUUCAAAAGUACAAAAACAGAUAAAUGGCCAAAGUAAUCGUUCCAGGGCCUGAACUGCCCUCGCUAGAGUCCAUGUUUUCGUCAUACGCCAAAUAUCGUCCUUCUCUGAACACAUUUCAGGGGGACGGAAAGCGGAUUCUCCUUUCGCAAAGCGACGCCUGGAUGCAACAAGCCCGAUUGGUGGGGGCGAAACGAGUUUUCUCCCUCACGGAAACCGGGGUAAUGUUCUUUAAAUUAAGCAAAUCAACGCUGGAUUUUGACGAAUUCCUGCAGUUUCUGGAAUCGUUGUGCGCCAGCAAGGGUGUUGGCUUUGAGGAAGUUAAGACCAGCCUGGUGAGCUGUGGACCGCCCGGAAUCGUUUCCUGACAUCGGUUUGGCAGCGUGACGCUGAUGGCGUAUCUGGACGAUGUAAUGAUGGAUGAUGGCGAGAACAAUGGGCAAGAACCGAGUGCAGAAGAAGCAGCUAAGGCGAUGUUAUUGAAGUUUGAAAAUGUGACAUUUACAAAUUAAAAAGUAUU